CUUGCAAAUGUGGUGUAAUGUAUCUCUGUGGUUAGAAAAUAUUAAUACUGGGAAUCCUUCCUCUCCCCGUGAGCUGCUGGGAGAGCCCUGUUAAACCAUACACGACCAGAGUGGGCGCCCGGGAGUCCACGCACACACACCGCUCCGCUAAAGAUGUGAAAAUGGCGGAGCUACAAAUGCUUCUGGAAGAGGAGAUUCCAGCAGGACGAAGCGCACUACUUGACAGUUUCACCAAUUUGGAAAGAGUCGCUGAGUACUGUGAGAGCAACUAUGUUCAGUCUCCAGACAAACAGAGGGCUCUGGAGGAGACCAAGAACUAUACCACCCAGUCCCUGGCCAGCGUAGCCUACCUGAUCAACACACUGGCCAACAAUGUCCUGCAGAUGCUGGAUAUCCAGGCCUCGCAGCUCCGCCGCAUGGAGUCCUCCAUCAACCACAUCUCACAGACGGUGGACAUCCACAAAGAGAAAGUAGCCCGGCGGGAGAUCGGCAUCCUCACCACCAACAAGAACACAUCCCGCACACACAAGAUCAUCGCCCCCGCCAACCCUGAGAGGCCUGUGCGCUACAUCCGUAAACCCAUCGACUACAGCCUGUUGGACGACAUGGGCCAUGGAGUUAAGUGGUUGCAAAGGUUUAAGGCCAGCGCUCAGAAUAUGAAGGCCGGAGGAGGCGGACUCCCUCGUACCAACCCCCCGACACAGAAGCCCCCCAGCCCGCCCAUGUCGGGGAAAGGAACCCUUGGGCGCCACUCCCCCUAUAGGACGCUCGAGCCGGUGCGUCCACCCGUUGUCCCUAACGACUACGUCUCAAGUCCGACGCGCAACAUGGCGCACCCCCAGCAGAGCCCUGCACGCACUGCAUCCGUUAAUCAGAGGAACCGCACGUACAGCAGCGGCAGUAGCGGCGGCAGCCACCCCAGCAGCAGUCGCAGCAGCAGCCGAGAGAACAGCGGAAGCGGCAGUGUGGGCGUGCCCAUCGCCGUGCCGACCCCAGCCCCACCCACUGCUUUCCCAGGUGCUCCUCAGUUCUACAGCAUGAAUCGCCCGGCACAGCAGCCCCAGAACCCCCAGGUCGGAGGAUCCCUGCCGUACCGCCGGCCCUCGUCCGUCACCGGGCAGCCCAACAUGGCCCACAACCAGAACCAGCUCAACGGCGGACCACACUUCGCUCAGAACCAAGCAGGUCCACUCGCGCCCCCUCCCCCCUCCAUGCAGAUCACUCCUCAGCUGCCUCUGAUGGGCUUUGUGGCCCGGGUUCAGGAGACUAUCUCAGACGUGCCGCCCCCGCCUCCACCUGCCGAGGAGCCUGUAUUCGAGGAGCCCACACCUCCGCCUCCCCCGCCGGAGGACUACGAGGAUGACGAGGAUGAGGAAGAGUCGGCGGUGGUGGAGUACAGCGACCCCUACGCUGAAGAGGACCCGCCAUGGGCCCCUCGCAGCUACCUGGAAAAAGUGGUGGCCAUCUACGACUACACUCGCGACAAGGACGACGAGCUGUCGUUCCAGGAGGGCGCUAUCAUCUACGUGAUCAAGAAGAACGACGACGGCUGGUACGAGGGCGUGAUGAACGGCACCACGGGCCUCUUCCCCGGCAACUACGUCGAGUCCAUCAUGCACUACGCCGACUGAACAGCCCCCACCCCCCCUCACCACCACCACCACCACCAGCCCCUCCCUUUUCCUCUCUUCUGAUCCAAUGGAGGGAAGAGGAGGAGCAUGUGAUUAUUUUUUUCUUUUUUGUUUUUUUUUUAAUUUUGUUUCUUUUUUUUUUUUGUUUUGGGUGGGGGGUUAAGGGGAAGAGACUUUGAUCAGACAGAACAUGAUCACGUCCGAAGACAGAAAACAGAUAUGAGAGGGUGGGGGGUGGAUUUUAAAGAAGGUGCAGCAUUAAAAACUUUGACGCCCGGUCAUUCUCUUGACAUAGUCGCCAUUGUAAAACAACCACUACUCUAUGAUAUAUCCUUCCCUGUAAUCUUUUUGUUCUUUUUCUUUCAAUGAGGAGAAACGUGACUUGUACUUGGAGAGUUUUGUGUUACACUACGAGGCCACUACAUUGAUUUUUUUUUUUUUUUUUUUUUUUUUGCUUCAUGACUUUUGUUUUUACCAGUUUGCCCUUAUUUUAAACCAUAUUUAUUUAGAUUUUGUAGUGGGAUAACUGGUGCGCAGGCGGGGGCUGCCGAGAGGGACUGAGCGAGCGCAGCCCCGGAGAAAAGGGCUGGAGGAGAAUUGCCUUCAUGCGUAGAAUUUCUCCUUAACACUCCAGAGACGUUGUAGAGAUUGAAAAACAAAUCCUCCUCCUUUAUAUACAAAUGCAACAACAGUAUCCUCAGCGGGGGAAAGCGGUCUCCUUGCUUGCUUGGCUAAUUUUUGUUCAGGUACCUCGGUAAGAGCGUGCCAAAAGCUUGACAUUCACCGAGAUAAGCACAGAAAAUGUCUUAAAGCGACACAUGAGCUAGCGUAAAGUGGUCGGAAAAGACAUUCGAGAGCCCCCCGGAGUGCUUUAAACCAAGAUUUCUGCUUUUCUUUUCUCCCAGCGUUUUUGAAAAUUAGCUACAGAGCCUGGUGGGUUUAGACACUACACACUUCACUUUACUGGCCAACGUGCUUUUUUUUUUUUUUUUAAUUUAUUUUCUUCCCCCUCUCACAUCUCACAUACAUCUCUAUCCGGUGAAGGAAUGGUCAUCCAGCCCUCAAGAAGAAAGAGACGUCACUUGCACAUCGACCUGGAUUUUGAAGUCUUAAGUUCGCACUUCUGCAGCUUCCCGUCACAAACGAUCCACGUUUUAUGAUCUCGGCUAGUCAUCUGCAGCGUUUCACCAAAAAAAAAAAAAAAAAAAAAACCUUUCUCGCGAGGAGAGGCGUUAAAACCGAAGGGGUCCAGACUUGAGUUUGGUUUGCCGAGUGUCGGACUGCAUGUACCGAUGAGGGGGAAAAAAGAUGUUUUCCGCUCUACUGAUGAUUAAUGUCUUAAAAUUUUUAGAUAUGGUGUGGUUCUUGGUUGGUUUGUUUUUUUUUUUUCUUUAUUCCUUUUUUUAUUUUAUUUUAUAUUCACCCACAACGACGAAGACGCAUUAAGUCAUUUCUAAGAUGCUUGUGCCAUAUUGAAGUGUGCGUUGCUGUUCAGAGGUUUUAUCACUUCAUUUGCAAUAAAUUGGCCAGAGUGCGGUGGAUUGUCGUUGAAAUUUUUCUUUUGUUUUCCGGAGUUGUUUUAAAUCAAAAGCACAUACAUUUGUAGUAAAAAGGUGUAGAGAAGAAAUAAUAUAAAUGUGAGAUGUAUUAUGUCCUCAAGCGGGACUUACUGAAUAUGAAAAGAAGCCAGCUGUCGUGUUGAAAUGGUUUUAACCGUCGCAAGCCCCUGAUACUACUACGGUUUAGGCGUCGUUCGUCCUCCGUACGUUUCCAAUACGCUUUGGGUGUUUGCGAGGGCUCAGUGCUUGUACUUAUUAUGUCAGAAUCUUUAUUUUCUAUUAAAAAAAAAAAUAAAUUACCAAGUGGGUCUGUAUGUGAGUCUUGCAUGCCAUUGUUCUUAUCUGUACUGGUGUCCCAGAAAACUUACGUGGCGAGAUCACCCAUUCUUUAAAAAGACAAGCAGCCCUGCAGCUCCAACCAGGUAACAACAACCACCACCAUCACCACCACCAGCCUCAUCCAAAGAGACUGUACAACUUUACUUCAGAAACCCACGUCCAGGGAGUCGCUCUCUGACCCAUGGGGGGGGGAGGGGGAGGAAGAGGGGAGGGAUGGGCCCAGCUCCCUCCUGGAAAAGUGAAAUAUCUUCUGUGUGUUUUAAGCUGCUAGUGAAUCCUGCGGACAGACGAACGCCGAUGAAUCAUAACGCUGAUUACUGCUGCAAAGCUUGGUUUCAUAACCCUUCUAGGAUGACACCAAAAACAGUCCAUAAUAUGAGGCCCCUGGUCUGCAGGAUUCACAGCUCCCUGGAGUCAGACGUCCCUCAGGAUGUCAAGUUUAACAGUCCAUAAUGCCAUUGUGUUGCACAGUUAAAGUUGAAUUGCAGAAGUAUCAUAUUUGUAAAAUCAUGAGAACAAAGACAAUAAAAUUAUUAAGAUAUA